GCCCAGCCCAAAUGUAGCCCGUUGGCCCAAGAUAAUCAAUUUCCCUUUUCCAUGUAAAAGCGGCAAUCAGUUUCCAUCUGGAAUCCCGAAUCCGCGUUCUCAUUUUAGGAUCUUCGAUUCUUCCCCUUUUGAAAAUUUCAAAUGGCCGAGAUUGAGCUAAAAACAGCACCAGCUGAUUUUCGCUUCCCUACAACAAAUCAAACGAGGCACUGUUUCACUCGCUACAUUGAGUAUCACAAGUGUUUGUCUGCCAAAGGCGAUGGCUCUGCUGAAUGUGAAAGAUUUGCUAAAUAUUACCGGUCCCUUUGUCCUGGGGAAUGGGUUGACAGGUGGAAUGAACAGAGAGAGAACGGAAAUUUUCCGGGGCCACUGUAAUUCUUAGGCUCAGCAACCUGUUAGCAGCACUCUUUUCUUCUGGUUUGUAUCUAGUCUUUUGGUUUUGUCACCUGAAAAUAUUGUUACUGUUAUAUAUAAGUUGUUUAAAUAAAAGGAUAAUGCAUGUGUGGAUAUGAAAAACUCUACUUUUAACAUCGUUAUGGCCCUACGCUGAUGAUUGCAUUUGCCAAUA